GCCAACAGCAGCAUAUUCGUGCAGUCGCAGACGGACUUUAUCAAUGGAACCACGGCGGUUGCCAAAAAGACGGAAACCUGCAUCGGCAGGUGGGAGCACGGCACACUAGAGCCGCUCCAGAUACAGGCAUCAACGAUAACGAUUCGAGUACGCUUGACCUGGUGGUAACGCCGACGACUGCAACCAAGACGGUUACCACGGCGACGGUAGCACCGUCCUGUCUGUCUUCACCGUCGUUCGCGCUGUGCACCAUCAAUCAACAGCAGCAGCAGCAGCAACGCACCACCACCGCUCAGCAGCAGCGUUCUUCUGAUUGCAGUGUCAUUGUAACGGCACGCAGCAAUCGACAGCAUCAACACUACGUACAUCGGCCAACGCCGCCACCGCCGCCGCCACCGCACAAUACCGGCGCGGCCUGGACUUCUUCCACGGUUGAAUCCAACAGAAGCAGCUCUCUCGACGCGGCAUGCUCGGUUAUUCACAUUAAACGAGAACCGUGCCAAGUGUCCGAAGUAACCACAUCGAACAACUUUGAGACCAGCAGUACGACGACGGCACUGACGGCCGUUGUCAAAUUGGAAGCCCCCUCACCGAAGACUGUCGCGCCCGUUGUCAAUCUCGGUACCGCCAUGGACCACAUUGGAAUCAACAGCACGCAGAACAACGCUGCGAUUCCGGUCGGCAUCGCCGUCGCACGCCAACGGUUGCAGGACUCGACCGGUGGUGUCGGGGGUCCGGCGCAGCUCCACCAAGCCAAAGAACUGAACCGGUUCGGAAUCGCAGCUACCGGAUCUACCGCUGAUUUAGGUUGCACCACGCCGAGCCUGAGCCAGAACAUGUUUUUCGCAGGCACCAACUCCACCAUGAUACCCCUUUCAUCGGAGGCGGUCACGAUGGGCGUGACUAAUGCUGCGGCAGCCGCCGCCGCUGCCGCCGUCCAAAAUGCCGUUAGGACACCUCCCGCCCUCUGGCAGUACCCCGGAUGUCAACAACCGAUGCCGGGGCCGCAACCGGUGGUGCCACAGCUGGCCCUGAUGGGUUCAUCUGCCGGCGCUCCUGCCGGUGGUGGUACCGGCUGUGGUGGUUCGGGCUUGCCGGAUAAAAAAUUCCUAGGCUAUCUGGUGCUGGAUCGGAUUGUGCCAUCCCCACCGGAAGAGGACCCCAUUGGCUCGGCUUCGAUGAAGAAAGCCCCUAUUCCGAUGGAAUCAAUGCUACCGAUGCCGCCGAUGCCUCCCGUCGGUUUCCAGCUUGUUCGAGAUCCCAGCACCGGACAAAUCCUGUUCCUUCCAACGACGACCACAAUAGAUAAAGUCUACAUUUCUUGUAUAGAACCUUUUCCGCAAACGGUAGUAUGGCCGUCGUAUCCUCAGUCAACGGCUGCCAUCCAGCCGCCGCAUCUGCUGUUGCCUCAAAUACCGCAACAGCAGCUGCAACCGCCACCACUGGCACCGCUCCAGAUGCUCAGUUCCGAUUAUUUGGCGACCGCCAGCAGCACCACCUUACAUCAGCAACAACAUACCCAAACACAUCACAGUACAAGAUACGUAGCCCUAACCUCGGACAGCAGCAAACGAACGAAUAGCAACAAACAAAUGACGAACAACAUGUCGAUGUCCUGCCAGCCGACUAUCCCCAUGCCGAUUCCUUCACACACUUUUAUAAAAAUUGAAGACUGUGGCAACUCGGCCCCUCCAAGCUGCAACAGCUCCACCCAAAUCUUCCAAGAACAGGAGAAAACCAUUCAAACGGCAACGAUUGCAACAUCUCCCGAUAUUGCCCCUCAGUUAUUGUUCCAGCAGGGCAAUCUCAUUCAGAUCACACCUUCCGCCAAGACUACGGCUACGCUCCUGGAACAAUCGGCGAUUAUGCCAGCAAUGACGACAACCGCCGCACACCCAAUGACUCCUCCCCCCUCUACAAUAUCCGCUUCGAUAGCCCCGAGUCCUCUUCAACCAGAACUCCCAGCAGCCACUUGUCUAACGCCUCCUCCAGACCAUUCCAUUUGUCAAACAGAAGACACCGAGCCAGCCUCCUCAAGCUGUAUAGUCCCCGAAGUUCAGGAUGCCAACAUCCAAACUGAUACCCCCAUCAUGAGCGAAGACGACAACACGAUUGGUACCGAUGAUGUUCCCCAUCAACACGAUGCCUCUACGCUUACUAUUCCUGCUAUCUCAUCGGACGAGGCGAUCGGACACUUCCCCGAAACAUUCAUGCCUCAACCUACCGUCAUACCAACUGAAAUGUUGUGCCAUAGCAUCAUUAACAACAGUGGUGAUUCCGCUAUCGAACCGGACAUGUCCGCCCACUCAAUGUCCGGCACUAGCCUAAACAUUAGCAACACCAGCAGUAGUACAAACUGUGAUCAAACGGAAACAGAGCAAGAAGACAACGUUUCCACUCCCGCUGUUUUGGCAGUACCGCCCGAGACUCAACCACUCACCGUUAACGCCAACUGUGGCGGCCUACGGAUACCGAAACUAGAAAUGCUCUCCCCGGUAGAGCCUCAUAUGCCCCAGGAAAACGAGGAAUACGUUUCCGAACCUACCGCUUCCAACCCGCAGGAUCAACCCGUGGAUCUCAGCGGGCUCGAACUACUCUCCCGCAGUAUAGAAGUCUUCCAGAAAAAAGCUUCCAUGAUCAAAAAAGAACCCAUCUCCCCGCAACUCCCUCCGGAGCCUCCGCAGCUCCUUCCUCUCCCCCUCCUUGUCACUACUCCACAAGAACCCACGCCUCAACCUCCCAUUACGCCCCCCUCAGAACCAACGCAUCCUACCUACCCUACCACCGCGGAGGAGCUGCCGGUAGCAGACUCGUACAUCCGAAACGACGAACCGAUGGUAGGUCUGAAUCUCCUUUGCGCCCUGGCCGAGCAACGCUUCCAGGAGGAAGGCAUGUUCAAAAAAGACUCGCCCGCCACCGCCCGUUUCUCGCCAUCCAUAUCACCGGCAGACGGAAAACUCGGUCGGUCAAUCGAGUCCUCAUCGCCACCACAGGCCCCGCUAGUGGCGGUCAGCCCGGAAAUACCGUCACGCAAACGCAAGCACAAACAUUCCAAAGAUUCUCGUAGAUCCAGCAAAAAGUCCAAACACGACAAGGAGCAACGUCGCGAACGCAAACGGAAGCACAGCUCUGACGCGGCGAACGAAGACGAUGAAAUCAAUGGCGAACUGAAGCAGAGCUUCUCGCGAAUGAAAGCAAAGCUGGAAAAAUGUAGCUGCGCGGAUGCGGAUGAGAAGGAUCACCGUUGUUCUACUAAACCCACGUGGCCGUCAUCGGCUAACGAAUUGUUCAGUGUGAUCGAGAGUGACAUGAAGGAGAGGCUAGUGAACAUCACGAGGCAGUGCGAGGAGAAGAAACGCGAACUGGAGCAGAUGAGUACGACGUCAGUUGCUAAAGUGAAACCGCUGACGGCUAUGGUUCGAAUACCGGACAUAGGCAAGUCGUACUUUGGCGGAUUCAGUUCUUGUGCCAGUGGGUUGAUGAAUGGAAGCUCUGGCAUUGCCAGCAAUGGAGUGCAACCACCAACGAUAUCAGCGCCAAAGUUGAGUACUAUUCCGGCGUUGUCGCCGAAUUUCUCGUCGUCAUCCAACUCGACGACUUUCGUUGAGCUACCGAAGCUCAGUUCGGAUACUGAUUCCAGCAAGCUGGAAGACUUGGAAUCCAGUUCAAUCGAGAGGCUAUCCUUUUCAAAACGAAAGGGGAGUAUUCCUAAGAAGCACGAUGAUAUUGCUCUGACGGAGACAAUUGUUGCGAAGAAACCGAAGAGCUUGGUUGGGUACAUCUUGGCGUCGAAGAAUCGUCUUGGAGACAGUAACGUCAAGGAAUCGGCUAAUCAUAAAUCGUCACACCAUCAUCACCACCACCAUCAUCGUUCGAGCUCCGGGACUGCAACCGCUACAACCAGUAAGCAUCAGCAGGGUGAGAUCAAACAGAAAAAGUCUCCAAUUCAUUCGUCCAAGUUCGAGAGCACGACAAGCGACGACACGAGCAACUUAUCCGAUAGCUCUACCAAGGCACAGGUCAAGAUCAAAUCGCCAGCCUUCAGUUUCGAGGACGAGAACAGCAAGCCUUCGGAUGCAGCGUUUUCGAUCUUCGGAGGUAAACCAUCGAUCUUCGACAAGGUGAAAAUGUCGCCGAUGAGCAGCGCGACCAUGAAUGUACUGAAAAUGUCCCCGGUACAGGCGGUAGUAACCCCACUGAAGCACCACCACUCCAAACACAAGAAAUCACGCAGCAAGGAACGCAAGCGGCGCAGCUCCGAGAAAAAACGAAUCGAUCAGAAGUGUCUACUAACGAGUGACUAUCUGAAUCAGAAUAAAACGAGGGUGCUGACCGCCAUGGGAGGACUUUUCUACGCUGGAUGCUUGAGUGCAGUUCAGCCACCAGACAUCUACGCUGUGACGCUUGAUGGGGAACGCGGAAACAGACCGCACAUCAUGUCGCGGGAGGAGGUCUUACGUGAUGCGAUUUUGGAAGUAGCCCCGAAAUCAGUGGACGAGAUCAUGCCUGGAACUCGAUUGUGCGCAUACUGGAGCCAACAAUAUCGGUGUCUCUACCCAGGGGUAGCAGCGGAACCAACGUCUCCGGAUCCAGAAAAACGUUAUGUCAAUGUAGAGUUCGACGACGGAGACAGUGGAAGAAUUGCACUGGAGGACAUCCGAUUCCUGUUGAGUGAUUAUCCGAUUGUCGGCAAGAGAAAGCGCCAGCCAAGUGUUUCGGAAGUGGGUACCACUGGUACGACCACUGCCGGAACGGCGACUAGCGCUCCAUUGGCAGCAACGGCCACCACCAGUAGUACAACGACGAUAACCACGACCAACUGCUUUGCCAUGGUCAGUGAUCGAUCGAACAAGCGAAUACACGACGAUGCGUACCGAGAAGAACGCCGACGGUCAAAGAAGAUCCGUAAGGACAAACUUCGCCGAUUGGCAGCGAACAAUGCUGAGCUAUCGUCGCACAAGCAUAAGAAGAAAUCGAAGUGCUACGACGAUUAUUGCAAACACCGGAAGCACAAGAAACGGAGAAAGCACAAGAAGCACCACCGGGAGCACGAUAUUCCUUCUUCGCCGGAUCAGGCCGCCGCCGGUUCGAUGGAUGAUGACAUAUCGCAAGGCGACAGCGCAUCCCAGACGGCAGGGCCUUUCAGUCCGGCGUCCGUUACGGAUGUUCCUUUACCGGAAGAGAAGCCCGAAGAGAAGGAAAUAUUCAAUCCCACUUUGAAGGAAGACACGAUGACCGAAAAUGAGGAGGCGAGCUCUUCCAUUACGGAGAGCUCCGGAUCGUACUAUCAACCGAAAAAGUCCACGGCGGAGAAAUCCGACAAGCGGCAGUCAACGGAGAACAAUAGCAAGAUAGCAGCGUUCCUACCGGCACGACAGUUGUGGGCAUGGUGCGGAAAAGGUUACCGUCGCUCGACUGGUCGCGUCAAGAAGCAGUUCUACAAGUCGAUCCAGCGCGGCAAGGAAACGAUUUCGGUCGGUGAUAGUGCCGUGUUCCUCUCUACCGGUCGCCCCGAUCGGCCCUACAUCGGGCACAUCGAGUCCAUGUGGGAAACUUCCACCAACAAUAUGGUGGUUCGCGUCAAAUGGUUCUACCAUCCGGAAGAAACCGAAGGCUGUCCCAAUUUAAAAUACCCGGGCGCCCUCUUCCAGUCGCCGCACGAGGACGAAAACGAUGUACAAACGAUUUCGCACAAGUGCGAAGUGCUGGCGCUCAAGGAGUACACCGCCAAGUUCGGUGCCGACCCGAAGCAGUACAGUGCCAUCUAUGACAACAACGAUACGUACUAUCUGGCCGGGUACUACGACCCGACGGUGAUCACCAUCAAGAUGCAGCCGGAUAUCGAGGUUCUGCCCGGCGAGGAGAAAUGGGUCAAGGCGGAGUGAACGCAAGCAGUGGAGGUGCGUGGUGUGCAAUGUUAUAAAGGUACUCCUGCGUGAGACAGCAAUAUUUAGAAUGGGAAGUCGGCAGUGCCGACUGUUACUGUGAAUAAGAUUAACAAAAAGACUACUGCACAGUUGUUGAACUUUUUUAAGAAUAAUUUGAAUUUAAUGUUGCCGCAAAAUGCGACAAUUAUUCUCAACGGAAAGAAAUCCAGGAUACCUGGAUUAGCUAUACUGAAUCAUGUGAACUAGUGUCACUUUAUAAAAGUGUUUUAGAAUAAGAAACUGUACAGAUAAAUCUUUGAGAUUCUUCGUAGGCUUGUAGUUAAGUGUAAAUAGACAUGUGAAGUGUAAAAUGAUUGAAUUAUCGAUGUUAAUAUUCUCCUAAAGCAUCUGAAAUACAAUAUCAAUAGCAGUAAGCAAAAAUAUAUUUUUCUACGUGAAGAGAUUUUUAUGCUUAUCGUGGAUAUAUAUCUAGCGAGUCAGGCGAAUUCAAAAAAGAGCUUUUUGGAACGAAAUUUGAUAUACCUCUGCUAUACAUUGUAUGCAUCCGUGAACAAAACAACAUUUUGGAGUGAUAUUAGAACAACAAAAAUAAGCUAUAAAACCAUUUGAACUUGUCUAAAACAACGUCCAGAUCUGUCUUAUUUAUUUAAAUACGUUUGAAUGUACAGCAGGGGUGCCAACCAAAUUCAAAAUUCAACUUUAGGGAUGUACCUAACAGAUUUGCUGCAACACGCAACCGUUACUGGAAUUAACUUACUUAAGCGAAGUUCUUUCAACUUGAUCUCCUAAACGUUAAAACACAUUCAAUCGGUACAAUUAAAUCCGUUUUUGAGCGAAUGCUCCUAGUAUUAAUAAUGACAAUUUGUUAACGAAUCUACAUUCAUAGCAGGAUAGAGAAACAAUCGGCACUACACUCAGAGCAAACAAUAGCAUGGGCUAAUUUAUUGAAACUAGACUAGAACUACUACAAUUAUCAAACAUAACACACCAUAGCGUAACAAAAUGCUCUUAAGUAGAAGUUCUGUAACGAUAUUCUCGAUUUGCAUUCGAUCUUUGCCGGAUCAUUACUGUUUGAGUCAAAUGGCAAUCGAAGGCGGCAAACUAGAAACCCAGUGGCAAACGAUUACGAUUUUUUCGUUGUUUUCUGUUAAAAGUCGGUGUAAAUAUUAGAUUUAACUCUUCGAAUCUAAAGUAAAACGCAACGAGCUUCUAAAUGCUAUGCUACAAGUGUAGCUCCGCCCCCUUACUCCCAUUUCCCUUCGGAGGAUACAGACGUCACAUGCGAAUGUUUUGUUGAGUUGACCAUGUUCUUAGCGCUAGGUUAUUAAGGUGUACAAUAAUUUAUGAAAUUGAAGAAUUCACUUCGCUGCAAAUUGAUUAUUACCUAUGAUUAUUAUCAGCAUCCUUAUUAAAUGUGGACUAUUAUUAGCUUAGUAUGACUUAUUCAUACGAAAGGAAUAUCGGAAAUCAAAAGCAACAUUUGUGUGCUGGGUGAGAGAACCGUGCGAAUGACAACGAGAGAUAAGCAUUUACAAGGAUCAGAGUGGUCUUUUAAAAGUAUUGAACGAUGGACAAGUCAAGCGAACGUUUAAUUCAUAGACGGUAUGAUUUCCAUGGAUGUAUGUGUAACUUAAAAAUUAUAAAAAUCAUUCUUGAAAUUGGAAA